AUGGACAAGAGAUGGUAUACCCUGGAGCCACCAGAGGUCAAACGCUACUUGGUCAAAGGAGGUGGGUUUACCAAAUGGUCAGAGAUAGAGCUCCUGGAUGUUGAGAACAUAUCAGGAAAAUAUGCAAAACUUUCUAAGCACCCUAAAGUCAGGAAUGUGUUCAACCUGCAUUUUCCAAACAGCGACCAUCUAGUAAAAACCUUGACUGUUGUCACAGGCCCUGACAUGGUGAAUUUGACUUACCACAGCUUAUUUGCUUACAAGGAGAAUGUGAUACAAAACUGGGCUGCUGAUAUCCUGUCCAUUGCUUACAACCCAUCGAGGACCAACGCAUUCAAACAUCUUCCUCUCCAUCCUAGGAAUGUCCGUAUCUCCCUUCAGACCAAUAAGGAUGUUCAGAUCCCUGUCAAAAAUGUUUUGAAGAUGUUUGUAGCCGAUGAGAAGAGGGUGGAGAGUGCCCUGGCUUCAGCACACCUCCCCACAAUUCUGACUUGGUGACACUAUGAACUGGACAUCUUCCAUGAUGAAGCUGCUUUCAAGCUCUUCCUGAUGAGUCUUUGUCCCUGGCCUUAGAAAUAUGAGAUAUUCACAUCCUCGUAAGUGAAAUUCGAAAUUGACCGAGCAGUGUUAUUCUUACUAAUUGGAGAAUACAGGCAUGAGGCGAUGCCAGCAUUACCCCCCCUCACUGAAGAGCUCUUCUCCCGUAUCGGACCUGACCAGGUGAAGGCCCUCAUCGAAAAGUAUGAGCCCUGUUCCUCCAACGCCAACAGAGGAGAGAUACACAUAGAUGCACUGUUCUAUCUGACAUCUGUGGUAAUACUGGACAAACUGGCCAAGUGUCAGGACAUGAGCCAACCGCUGCCACAUUGCCUAAUCAAGUCAAACACAUACCAGACAGUGGGUCAGUUUUCCGGCGUGUCGGCGCCCCAGUGUCUGCUGGCCGGCUGCCGUUGCCUGGAGCUGGACUGCUGGAAGGGAAAACCACUGGAUGAAGAACCCAUCAUCAUCCACGGAUUCACCAUGACAACCGAGAUCCUGUUCAAAGUCAGCUACACACAGACCUCAUUACAGAAUUACUCACCAAGAAUGGAGUCAGCAGGAGCAGACGCCCUCCCUGUGAACGUAGAGGAGCGCGUUCAGCAGCACGUGACCAUGUUGCAACAUCUGGGCACCACCAUGGAUCGAGUGCUGCAAACGAUGGAUUGUUGGGAGAGAAGAGGAGGUCAUCCAGCGCCUCCACCAGCCCCACUACAGCAGGCCCCACUGUUCACCCCUCCUUCACCCGGUCCCAGUGGGAUUCGGCUCGCGCUCCCGAGAGAGUAUGAUGAGACGGCUGCCGGAUGCCUGGGGUUCCUACUCCAGCUGGAGCUCUACCUGGCGACCGUCCACCCGACUCUUUCGGGACGUGAGAGUGUGUCCACCCUCGUCUCCUGCCUCUCAGGCAAAGCCCUGGAGUGGGCCAAUGCCGAGGCAAGGAGCGCGCAGGAUUUCGCUUUGGACUUCCGGACCCUGGCCGCCAGCGCAGUAUGGAACGACAGGGCCCUGAUUGAUUACUACCGGUGCAGUCUGCGCGGGGACGUCCGUCGGGAGUUGGCCUGUCGAGACACCACCAUCACUUUGGACCAGCUGGUGGACAUGUCCAUCCGGCUGGACAACCUGCUGGCUACCUGCGGACGUCCAGAUCAGAUCCAGGGAGUCGGGGCAGCAGUUCAUCAGGGAGUCGAGGCAGCAGGCAGGGCACUAUUGUGUCACCCAGUGGUGCUGGGCCUACCCUGGUUGGCCUGUCAUGAUCCCACUAUUUCGUGGCAACAGAGGGAUCUCAAGGGGUGGUCACGAGAGUGCUCAGGGAGAAGAAGGCGACUCAAUUACCACCCCAUCGACCACCCCAGUUACCGCAUUUCAGCCGUGCGUAAUUGGCCAACUCCCACCACUUUAAAGGAAGUGCAGCGGUUUCUAGGUUUUGCCAACUGCUACCGGAGGUUUAUCUGGGGUUUUGGUCAGAUAGCAGCUCCCAUUACCUCACUGCUGAAGGGGGGACCGGUGCGGCUGCAGUGGUCGGCUGAGGCGGACAGGGCAUUUGGUCACCUGAAGGCUCUGUUUACCUCGGCUCCAGUGCUGGCUCAUCUGGAUCCCUCUUUGGCAUUCAUAUUGGAGGUGGACGCAUCGGCCUCUGUGCUCCCAGGUUCCCAGAACGCUAGGGCAGACGCACUGUCCCGAUCCAGCUGGGCGCCUCUGGACGCAGACAUCGAGCGGGCUUUGCGCACAGAGCCCGCUCCCCCCCAGAUUCCAUCUGGGCGCCUGUAUGUUCCGCCUGCUGUCCAUGACCUUUUGAUCUAUUGGGUCCACACGUCACCCUCCUCUGGUCACCCUGGCAUUGAGCGGACGAUGCGUUGCCUUAGUGGGAAGUACUGGUGGUCCACCUUGGCCAAGGACCUGAGGGUUUAUGUUUCCUCCUGCUCGGUGUGCAAGGCUCCCAGCUACACACAGACCUCAUUACACCCUCUCAUUAUCCUGUGGACAGAGAAAAACAAGCGCUACCUCAUCUCAUCUUUUGUGGAGAAUAUGAUAUCCAAGACUGCAGUGGAGUUUGUGGGGUAUCAUAACAGGCAGAUGAUAAUAAUCUCCCCUAAAGGAACCAGACUGUCCAACUACAGCCCACAGCCCUUCUGGAAUGCUGGCUGCCAGAUGGUGGCGCUCAACUAUCAAACUAUGGAUUUCCUAAUGCAGCACAACAUGUCUUUAUUUGAAUUCAACAGAAGGACAGACUACCUCCUCAAUCAUGACCUCUUCUGCAUUAGUAACAAGAAGUUUGACCCCUACUGUGACAGGAUCGACACCAUCGUUGACAACACACUGACCAUCAAGAUCUAUUCAGGCCCGUUUCUUUCAGACAAGAGUGCGAAGACAGGCGUUAAGAAGUACCGGACCAAGUUGUAUCCCAUACCGAACACCAUUAACCCAGUGUGGAACGAGGAACCAUUUGUUUUUGAGAAGAUCCUGCUGCCUGACAUGGCCUCCCUCAGGAUCGUGGUUCACGAGGAGGGCGGGAAGUUUCUGGGCCACAGGAUCAUUCCCACUGAGGCCUUUCAGUCAGGCUUCCAGCACAUCUGUCUGUGCAGCGAGAGCAACAUGCCGCUCACUCUGACAGCUCUCUUUGUGUACAUCAAGGUCAAGGACUACAUCCCUGCUGCUUUUGCAGAUUUUAAAGGUGCCUUAUUGAACCCAACAAAGAAUUCUGAGAAGGCAACAAAGACAACAGAGCAGCCUCCACUGGAAUCCACUCCUGUUGCUGACCCUGCUGUGGCUCCUGACCCUCCAUCUGAGCCCAGAUCAUCUGAUCCUGCACCUGAGGACUCCACUCCUGUAGAUGCCAAUGAAGGUUCUCAUGCCACAGCCAGAUCUCCAGGCUCCAGUGCCUGUCAGGUUCCCACGCCGGCAACAGGUUCCCGCACAUCAGCAGGGGUGACUGGGCCUCUCCUCAUUCCUGGGAUCGUCCCUUUGAUUGGCGUCCUGCGGCUGGAGCCGAACACAGAGGGGGGUACUAGCUGUCCACAGUUGCCUUGUUAUGACAUAAAGGAAUGGGAGAAGAAGUUCCAGAAGAAAGUAGAGCAGCUCAUCCAGAAAUACAGUGACACAUUCAAAGAGCUCAAGAAGAACGCCAUGAAGAAAAAAUAUUAA